AUGGGUGUGUUCACUUUCAUAAAUGAAUACACUUCCCCAAUUCCUGCAGCACGGUUGUUCAAGGCCCUAGUUUUGGACUCGCAUAACCUAAUUCCCAAACUCAUGCCUCAAGCUAUUAAGAGUAUUGACAUUAUCCAAGGCGAUGGGGAAUGGGUUGGAACCAUCAAGCAGAUCAACUUCAUUGAAGGUAGCCAGCUUGGCAGCAUGAAGAAUCGUGUGGAUGAGAUAAACGAAGAGACAUUCACGUACAAGUAUACCAUGAUCGAUCUAAAUGAGAAGUUUGAAUCUAUUGCUUACAAAAUCAAAUUCGAGCCGACAUCAGAAGGUGGGAGCAAGAACAAGAUGACGAGCACGUAUUAUACAAAGGGCAACAUCGAGCUUAAAGAAGAGGACGUUAAGGAGGGCAAAGAGAGAGCUCUAGGAAUGUACAAGGUUGCCGAAGCAUACCUCCUCCAAAACCCCGACACUUAUGCUUGA